GGGAGAGAGAGAAAUACAGGGGGAGGCAGGGAAUCUAAUGGAACGGCUGGGUAAACGAGCAGGCAGAGAGAGAUCGAGAUGCACGGGGAGGCAGGCAAUCUGAAGGAACGGCUGGGUAAAUGAGCAGGCAGAGAGAGAUCGAGAUGCACGGGGAGGCAGGCAAUCUGAAGGAACGGCUGGGUAAAGGAGCAGGGAGAGAGAGAAAUACAGGGGGAGGCAGGGAAUCUAAUGGAACGGCUGGGUAAAGGAGCAGGCAGAGAGAGAUCGAGAUGCACGGGGAGGCAGGCAAUCUAAAGGAACGGCUGGGUAAAGGAGCAGGGAGAGAGAGAAAUGCAGAGAAUGGUGGGAGAAAGAGACAAAACUAAUGAGGGCUGUGUGGAGUACAACACUGGGGGCUAAAGACUGUCACAAAACCGGAAGUGACGCCACAAACCAGGAAGUCGGGUGCCGGAAGAGAGACACAGCAGCGAGCACGUAAGGGAGAAGAAGAGAACAAGCAAGAAGAUGGCAGAGACCCUGUGGACGUCGUGGGACAGUGCCGGUUUUGGUUUUUUCUGAUGUCUUACCCAAACAGCAGGAAAGAUCAGCAUAUUGGAGGCAAUGGAAAUGAACAAUCACUCAAUGGUCACAGAGAUUUUCCUUUUGGGAUUUCAGCAUCUCAACAAUUUCAAGAUCCUGUUUUUUUCUUUGAUUCUUUUGAUUCACAUAUUGACCAUCUAUGAAAAUAUCCUUGUCAUAGCAUUGGUAACAAUUAGCCGAAAUCUUCAGUCUCCCAUGUUCUUCUUUCUCCAACAACUCUCCUUAUCUGAUCUCCUGCAGUCCAUGGUUAUUGUUCCCAUCCUGCUCAAAACUGUGAUGAAUGAAGGAGCUAAAAUAUCCCUUAUUGGCUGUAUUGUACAACUUUAUAUAUUUGGUGUCACUGAAGCUUUACAGUGUCUCCUUCUAACUGUGAUGUCCUAUGACAGAUAUCUGGCCAUCUGUAAUCCUCUGUGUUAUUCUUUAAUAAUGAACCACAGAUUUUGUGUUAAAUUAAUCAUCAUGUCAUGGCUACUUGCCCUUAGCUUUAUAUCCAUUACUGUGAUUACUGCAGCUACACAAGAGUUCUGCAACCAAAAUACCAUCAACCAUUUUUUCUGUGAUUAUUUUCCUCUCCUGGAACUUUCCUGCUCAGACACCUCAUUAGCUCAGAUAUUGAUGACCACAUUAUCUUUCCCUGUGUUACUUAUUCCCUUCAUACUCAUCAGUGGAUCCUAUAUCUGUAUUGCCCAUGAAAUCCUAACGAUAACGUCCAAUAUUGGGAGACAAAAAGCCUUCUCCACCUGCAGCUCCCACUUGGCUGUGGUCUCCAUAUUUUAUGGGAGUCUCAUUGUUACUUAUGUGGUUCCCACAAGAAACCAGUCACAGACCAUUGGAAAACUUCUUUCACUUUUAUACACAGUAGUGACUCCUUUUAUUAACCCAAUGAUUUACAGCUUGAGAAGUACAGAUAUGAAAAAUGCUCUUGGAAAUAUUAUACAAUAA